AUGUCCGGGCAGCAGUGGCUCGCAUCCACCACUGCGCUGGGCAGCACCGAAGCACCGCCCAGAGCCGUCGAGGAGCCUUAUGAUGCCCAGGGUUUCCUUCUAGUACGCCAAUAUGACCUGCCAUCCUAUGGCAGAGAGGAAUUGGAGGUUGAUUAUGCGUUCGUCAAUUUCAUGAUAUAG